UGUUCACCGUUCAGGAUUUUCUUCUCCACUCUAGUUCUCGACUUCUGGAUUUGCGCUUCUCCACUCCAGUGUGCGACGUGCCCUUCCGUCAUCGUUGGUCCCUCACCGGGACUCAAUGGAUACCAAAUUUGAAACAAUUGAGGCUAGAAUAACAUCUAUGCUUCCCCAACUCCAAUCUGAGUGUGGCAUUGUACAGAGAAUAGUGUACAAAAAUAAGAACCAGCACCGACGCUCUUCCUAUUUCCAGCGUCUUUUGAAGGUAAGAAGGGAUUUAAGACUCCUGCAAUCAGCAAACUUGGAGGAACUUGUAACAUCAUGCAUCCUUGUUAUCAAAGGAGAUAAACCAAGGCAGAAAGUUAUUCUUUUAGAAAGUUUAAAAAGGAGAAAAUGUGAUGGUGAAAAGUACAAUUUUAUGGAGCGAUUGAUAGGAGCUGCACGCUUAUUAGCUGAGAUGGUUGAACCAAUACUCAAGGCUGCUUCUGAGGUAUCGGUCUUGUUUGCGCAAUCCUUUUUUAUGGGAUUUUCUCUUACAAUAAUGGCUUUGCUUGCACGUCUUCGAGUCUUGGUUCAACAAAUAUUACUUGACGUUGUUUCAUUGUUCAACAUGGUUUCUUCUCUCUCUAUAACCAAACAGUCAACAAAAAUAACUCUUAAUGGAAUAGAGGUUUUUAGAGAUUUCUAUCCUCUUGGUGAUGAUUUUAUUACAUUAGAUUGUGUUUGGAAAUCAGAAAAGUUUAUAUUACACGAGAGGAUGCAUAAAAGGAAAAAUGAAAGUCAAGCCGAGGACUCUAAUGAACAUGCCUCUGUCCAAACUUCAAAUGUGAAUUAUAAUAGUAUUGAUUAUUUUCUCGGGGAUGAUCAGCUUGAGGGAGUGGAAGCUGUUGCUGCCAAAGAAGACUGUCAUGUAGAUAAUAUGAAUACUGAUUUGUCAACUGACUCAUCACAAUUUGACACUAAGAUGACUAUGUACCGUGAGGAAGGAGAAAAUGAAGACACCACAAAAACCUCCAUCAACGAAUCUUCACAGCAAGCUGUUUUGCAUACAUCAUCAAGGUCUUCUACCAAUGAUAAACUCCAUUCUAUGCCAAAGAAGGUGGCAUAUGCCAAAGAAGGUGGCAUAUGCCAAAGAAUCCACAUUUUUAUUAUGGAAAAAUUAUAACAUACCUGUUUAAAU